CACUGCGCACGCCCGGCGCGGCCACCGUGCCCGCAUGGAGGAGGAGGAGGAGGAGGAUGGAGGCCAGGGAGCCGCGGGGGCUCCGGAGCGGUCCGGGCGUUUCGUGCGCUGCCUCUACGUGGUGGGAUUCCUGGAUUUAUUUGGGGUGAGCAUGGUUGUUCCUUUAAUGAAUCUUCAUAUCAAAUCUCUAGGAGCAAGUCAUACAGUGGCUGGAAUAAUAGGAUCUCUCUAUGGUGUAAUGCAACUGUUUUCCAGCACGUUUGUGGGCUGCUGGAGUGAUAUAGUAGGAAGACAGUAUUCCUUACUUACUUGUAUUCUUCUCAGUGCACUGGGUUACUUCCUUCUUGGAACAUCCACCACUGUGUUGCUGUUUGCCAUUUCUAGAGUUGCUGUAGGUAUUUUCAAACACACACUGUCUAUCUCUAAAGCACUGCUUUCUGACUUGGUUUCGGAGAGAGACCGCCCUUUGGUAAUGGGACGCUUCAAUGCAGCCUCUAGUGUGGGCUUCAUUCUGGGGCCUGUGGUUGGUGGCUACCUUGCAGAGUUGGAAGGUGGCUUUUAUCAAACAUCCUUCAUCUGUGCCUCUAUCUUCCUUCUGAAUGGUGGUCUUGUCUGGAUGUUACCUUGGAAUGAAGAAAACACUGGCAACCGGGAACAUCAUCAAGACAAAGGAACAAAUAGUUUCACAGCAAAAGCAAAUCAUGACCUGCACUUCAAAUCAGCAGCUAAUACAGCUGUGACAAACAACAAUGUUUUCCAGUCUCCGUGGAUCCAAGUUGCAACAGUGUUGAAGAAGAUUAAAGAGAUUGCAUGCUCUAACUUGUGGGAUAUAUUUUUAGUGCGAUUUCUGAUGUCUGUCACUAUACUGCUGUACUAUAGCAAUUUCACUCUGGCCUUGGAGGAGAGAUUUGGAGUGAAACCACUGUUCUCUGGAUACUUAACAAGCUAUAGCAGUGCACUUGGAGUCCUGGCUGGUUGUCUGCUCGGACCAAUAACAAGGCUCUAUCAGCAUAACACUUACAGAGUUCUGUUGCACUCCAGUACUUUCACCUGUAUGCUGAUUCUCCUGUAUGCAUCAGCAUUGAACAUAUGGAUGGUCAUUUUGUCUUCCACAUUCUUAGCCUUUUCAACUACUAUAGGUCGUACUUGUAUCAUUGAUCUUGAAUUGACCAUUGGUGGGAAUGAGGCCAGUGGCACACUUCUAGGUGUUGGACAGUCUGUGACAUCAGUGGGACGUAUAAUUGCCCCACUCCUUUCUGGAAUUGCGCAGGAGUUCAGUCCUUGUGGCCCUCCAAGUCUAGCUGUUGGACUAGCUUUAGUAGCUAUUCUGAUAAUGAAUGCAAACAAACAAAAAUACUGUAGUCAUGGAAAUGUGAAGUUAAAAAAUCAGUAGGCACAAUUUUGGAUUGCAUAGAUGUGUCUUCACCUGCCAGGCUUGUAGAGUGGUUACAUGAUCUUUUAAGAGGGCACAUUGUGUUCAUGUGGAGGCAAGUAUUUCUGCUGCAGGGUGCUGACCUACAGGGAAGCCGUACAACAGGUUUGUAAAAACAAAGGAGGACAAUGCUGGUUUUCUGUUAACUCUAGAUAAAUGUUAUUCUAACUGGUACCACUAGAAACAUUUGUAAGGGGACCAAUGUUGCUAUAUUGCACUGCCUGUGAUUUUUUUUUUAAAUGGAUUUUUAACCCUUUUUGAGGGGGAAAAAAGAAUAUCAUGAAAUGCACGAUUCCUGCUUGUAGCUCAUAUUUUAAACAGUGUUUAGAUUGAGAGACUGUUAAAAUACAAAAAUUGAUUCUUAUUAUUUAAUCAAAGGUGGAUAUUUGUUAUUUAAUCAGAAGGAGAAUUUGCAAUAUGCUUGUUGGCCUUAAUUUCUUAUGCUGUGGUCAAUUGCCAUUUGUCUUCUGUGACAGUAGCUCAGUUAAUAAGGUGUUUGCUUAUGUGUUUUUUUUGAAGCAUACUUUGUCUACAAAACUUGCUGCACACCAUGAUCAGGUACUUUGGGAUAGUCAUCCAACCCCUGCUGAUUCCUAGUCUUUCCCAGGUAACAGAACUGGGUAUAUGCUAACUUUGUGUAUUAGAAGACCUAAAGUGGACAAUUUUAAAAUGAUACAAGCCGAUUCAGACUGAAACUGAGGCUGAAUGUAAGUUUUAUUGAAAUUUGAACUGGAGCACUUCUACUGCUCAAUUUUGUCAUAAAUAUUUGUUAUUAUUUCCUGUACAGUUUUUCAACCUUCAAUUUAAGAAUAAAUUUCCCUCUUAAUUCUUUUGAAUGACUGUAAAGAUGUGCUGGAGGAACUAGCAGUAGUUCAUGGUUCUUGAAUAAUGCUUCCUCUCUCAUCUCAGGGAUAAGUGACAUUUCAGUGACGAGAGAAAAAUUUUUGUUUGUAUUUUAGUCAUUGUUUGAGUGCAUGGCUUAAUUAAUGAGAGGUUACUCUCAGAGCUAUACUGGAAGUUGUAGCAGUCCUGUGCUAUUUACUGUUCAAGCUCAUAUUACUUGCCACUCACCAGUGUUUGUAUUUCAUUUGAAACAUAGGAAAAAUGUAUUUUUCACUGAUAAGGUUCCAUAUGCUCUUCGUAAUAAUACUUAAAGAAAGUACAAAGUCAGCUAUAUGUAAUUGUUGGGUUGAGGGAGGAUUUGUUGAAAAACAAUUUAGUUAUCUUCUUGAACACAUCUGUACAAACACUGUUGCUGCUUCAGGUGAGUCAUAGAUGGUGUUUUGCAUUUUUUAUUUUCAUUCUCUUCUUUACCUUUUCAAGUGCCUGCUAGUGUUCAGAUAUUUGUUGAAAUAUUCCAGUAGCAGCACCAUGGGAAUAUAUAUAUAUAUAUAUGUACAUACAUAUAUAUAUAUAUAUAUAUAAAACUGAAUUGUUUUACAUAUUGACAUAAUCAGUGUCUUAUUAGUGCUAUGAUUUCAGUACAUAUCCUCAGAGUUCUUUAUUACAAUAAUCUUCUCCCGAGGAACUUGAGGCAUUUUCAAGUGUCUUAUCUUUUCUUCCCUUGUUUGGUAGAUGCCCCAAAACAUUGUUGCCCUAAUUUUCCUGUUUUCUUUCUUUUCAUUUUUUUUUUCUUUACCUAAAACUUUUCAGGGACUUCUGUUUUUCAUCUCUAGCAAGGGGUAAAGGAAAAGAGUAGGAAAAAAGCUUCAAAAAUUAUUAUAUAUGAAUGAUUUAGUAAUUUUUCCAAUACUUGUUGGUUAUGUGAGGUAACAUUUACCUUUCUAAGGUGGUGCACUGAAUAAGUCUGACUUCUGUAAACACUUAUACUAACACAUACAGCUGCCUGAAUAUUUUUUACAAAAUCUUUACAACUUCACUGGUUUAUACAUAAGUGAAAAAUGUGCUUUCCCCUGUAAGCAAAUAUUUUUGUUUUAUUUUGAAAAAUGGUGCUCCAUAUAAGCUAAAUAAAAAUGAAAUUAAAUACUAAAAUUGAGAAAUUUACAAAAGCCUGUGGUCUUGGGGGCAUGUUGCAAUACAUGUUACAGAAGAUAAGUUUUUAGCUUGUAGGCCAGAAUGAUUUCUGAGGUGCCACAGAAACACACCUUCUUUAUACAGCCCCAGGAUCAGAAAAGUUUCACUAAUUUUUUUUUUUUUAAGGAUUAGAAAUGAAGUGACAUUCCACAUGCAUCAUUUUGUCAUUGUGCUUUUUCCCUUCUUCCUCUGCUAAAACUACAGCACAAUACAGAACUGUUCAACUCAA